AUGGAUAGACGGACUUUCGUCAUCCUCUGUAACAUGCUUAGGACGAUCAGUCGUUCGGCACCUACUCAAUGCAUUGACAUGCAAGAGAUGGUGGCAAUUUUUCUCCACAUUUUGGUGCAUGACGUUAAGAACCGAGUAGUUGGACGAAAGUUUGCAUGGUCUGGUGAAACUGUUUCGAGGCAUUUUAGGUUCGUUCUGACUGUAGUACUACAACUUCAUGAGUUACUACUGAAAAAACCGGAGCCUAUCACAAGCGACUGCACUGACAGUAAGUGGAAAUGGUUUGAGAACUGUUUGGGUGCAUUGGAUGACACAUACAUAAAGGUCAAUGUAAGUGCAGUCGAUCGUACCCACUAUCGUACUCGAAAAGGCGAGAUAGCCACGAAUGUGCUUGCCAUCUGUUCACCAACUGCUGAGUUCAUAUUUGUGCUGCCAAGGUGGGAAAGGUCUGUAGCCAAUUCUAGAGUACUUAGGGAUGCAAUUUCUCGACCACACGGGUUGAAGGUUUCUAAGGGUAUAGACUUUGUGAUUCCAUUUUCUGGAUUCAAGAGCAAAUAG